AAAAGUCGACUAAAUAUUCCAUCGAUGCAAUCCACAUUGUUUUCCGUUUUUCACUUUAACAACACUACAGUUGUCUCCGAACUAAGUCUCCGAAUGUGGCAAGACAGUGAUCAAGACACCUCUCUCGCGACUGUCAAAUUACGAUUUACUUAUUUACGAUCUUGCAAGUUGCUUGCUUCAAUAAAAAUAGACGAAAAUAAUUAAUAAUACUCUCAUAACACUAUUCCUAUAUAGACGAAAAUGGCUUUAGUAGCUUACGAUAACAGUGAUUCAAGUGAUUAUGAAGAUGAAGAAAACGAUGCUGCACCAGUUGUAUUGUUGAAUAAUAAGCCUGAAGUUCCAGGUCCAUCAGUGAAGCCAUCUGUAAUAACAAAUGAAAAAACAGAACCACAAGAGGAUGUUCCAAGCUUAUUCAAUUUCCUUCCACAGCCAAAAAACAAGAAGCCACAAGUUAUUGAGGAAGAUGAUGAAUUUUUACAUAAAAAAGAAGUUGUGAAUUCUGUUAAACCAAAAGCUAAGAUCACGGUGCCUUCACUCAGUGAUUUCAAAGAUGUAGAGGACAACAUACCAAUUGUUAAACCAAGAUCAACGGAAGGGAAAAAAUCAGGGCUACUAAGCAUGCUACCACAACCUAGAAAUGGAGUAAUAUCUACAACAAAAUCACUAAUACCACAUGUGUUGACAAAGAAACCAGCUCCUGUGAAAAAAGCUCCAUUACCAUCACCAGCAAAGAAGGCUAAGGUUGAUGCAGCACCUAUCUUAAACAACUACUCAGAUGAGAGUGAUGACGAAGUACAAAAUGAUUUCUUCUCAAUACACAAGACUGUAGAGUUACCAGAACAUGUUGACCUUCCAUUAGAUGUAGAACAAAAAGCUGCUAAAACUCAAGACACAGCCCCUAAAGGUAUUGAAGCAUUCUUCAAAAAAGAGGAGGUUGUGAACCAUGUGGAACUCCAGCCAGACUAUGAUGAGGAUAUGGAGAGUAUGGCCCCAGAGCCUAGCUUAGGUUAUGAUAGUUAUUCUGGUGAAACAAGCAGUAAUUUAGAGCUUGAUGAUGAAGCUAUCAUGAAGCUAGUGGGCGCUCGCGGCAAGAGGAGACGUGAAGAGAUUCAGAUAGUAGAGGUCAACCAGAAGGAGGUGCUAGCGAAUGCGCGGGAGAUGAUGAUGAAGGGACUCAUGGACGACACCACGAAACGCGUGUCGGCCAGCAAGAAGAAGGGCAAUGAGCCCACCACACAACAGAGAAGGAAACACCAGAUCACAUACCUUGCUUUCCAGGCCAAAGCCAAUGAAGCUGAUCUCCAGAACCAAUGGGCAAACAACAGAAUGUCGAAAAGGCAAACUCAAGCAAAGUAUGGUUUCUAAACUGUACACAAGAUUCUCCUUCUCUACAUUAAAAUGUAUAUAAUAAUCUUUUUGAAAUUAAAAUAAGUUUAAGUUUAAA